GGGCGGAGCUGCGGUGCGGCGGGUGCGGAGCGUGCGCGGUGCGGGGCCGCUCGGGGCCGGUGGGGGCCGCGAUGGGCGAUCCGCAGCCCUCGGGGCCGCCCCGGUACGAGCCCGUAUCCCCGCACUGGUUCCACCGGCGAACGGGAGUCCGGGAGCGUUGGGAGGCGUUCAGUGCGCAGGACUCGGAGCGGCUGGAGCGGGCGAGAGCGGCCGGGAAAGAGAAUGAAGACGUGGUUGUCCCAACGUCGGGGGGCAGGUACGACGUGCACCUGAAGAAGAGGCAGCGCGUGGCAGUGUACUGGGAGGAGGAGGUUUCCGAGGUGCGCCGCUGCACCUGGUUCUACAAGGGAGACAAGGACAACAAGUAUGUUCCCUACUCGGAGGCCUUCAGCGAAGAACUGGAGGAAGCGUACAUGGUUGCUGUGACCUUGGAUGAGUGGAAGAAGAAGCUGGAGUCUCCUAGCAGGGAAGUCAUUAUCUUGCACAACCCAAAGCUGAUGGUGCACUACCAGCCGGUUGCUGCCUCCGACGACUGGGGCUCGACUCCUACAGAACAAGGGCGGCCUCGGACUGUGAAGAGAGGAGUAGAAAACAUCGCUGCCGAGAUCCCCAACGGAGAGCCGCUGCAAAUCGAUCACCUGGUGUUCGUGGUGCACGGGAUCGGCCCGGCGUGCGACAUCCGCUUCAGAAGCAUCAUCCAGUGCGUGAACGACUUCAGGGCCGUCUCCCUCAGCAUGCUGCAGGCGCACUUCAGGAAGGCGCAGGAGCAACAGCAGAUCGGCCGCGUGGAAUUCCUGCCCGUCAACUGGCACAGCGCCCUGCACUCCACCGGCGUGGACGUUGACCUGGAGCGAAUCACUCUGCCGAGCAUCAACCGUCUGCGUCACUUCAUCAACGACACCAUCCUGGACGUUUUCUUCUACAACAGCUCCACCUAUUGCCAGACGAUCGUGGACACGGUGGCCUCGGAGAUGAACCGCCUCUACGAGCUCUUCCUGCAGAGGAAUCCCCUCUUCAGCGGGGGGGUCUCCAUUGCGGGGCACAGCCUGGGGUCGCUCAUUUUGUUCGAUCUCCUGACGAACCAGAAGGCUGAUCCCGAGGAGGAUGAGCACAGGGAAGAGGGCUCCAGGACAGCCUCCAGCAGCAGGGGCACCGAGGAGGUGAAAAACAUCCUGCAGAAGCUGGAGCUCUCUGAAUAUUGCGAUGUUUUUGAGAAGGAGAAAAUGGACAGGCAGGCACUGUUCCUGUGCACAGAGCAAAACCUCAGAGAAAUGGGGAUUCCCUUAGGACCAAGGAUGAAGAUACUUCAUUACAUCAGCUCCAAGGCGGAGAUGCAGGACCAGAGCGCAGCAGCUCCCGGGAACAGUGGGGAGCGUGGAGCCAAGCCUGCAUCCCCAUCGCAGCAUGACCCGGACAGCACAGCUGAUGCCAGGAAUUGCCAAUACCGGGAUGUUGGCUUAGGACAGGUCUCAGCAAACUAUCCCCAGCUGAACUACAAGCCCACCAUCUUCUUUGCCUUCGGGUCUCCCAUCGGGAUGUUCCUCACGGUGCGAGGGGUGAAGCGGAUCGACCCCAACUACAGCCUCCCCACCUGCAAAGGUUUCUUCAACAUCUUCCACCCUUUCGACCCAGUGGCGUACAGGAUUGAGCCCAUGAUCGUCCCGGAUCUGGAGUUCGAGCCCAUGCUGCUGCCUCACCACAAGGGCAGGAAGAGAAUGCACCUCGAGCUGAAGGAAGGGCUGACGCGCAUGAGCGUGGACCUCAAGAACAACCUGCUGGGCUCUCUGCGCGUCGCCUGGCAGUCCUUCACGCGAGCCCCGCUGCCGGCCGUGGAGGCGGGGAGCGCUGAUGCCGAAGCAGAGGCUGAGGCCGAGGCCGGUGCCGAGGUCAGCAUGGAGCAGCAGCCGCCAGACACGAAGCCGGAGGAGACCCCGCCAGCAGUGAGGGAAGAGGCCUCCCAGAUUAACGUGGGGAUGCUGAACGGAGGGAACCGCAUCGACUACGUGCUGCAGGAGAAGCCAAUAGAGAGCUUUAACGAGUAUUUAUUUGCACUCCAGGGGCACCUCUGCUAUUGGGAGUCAGAAGACACCGUUCUGCUGGUUCUGAAGGAGAUCUACCAGACACAAGGCAUUACACUGGAUCAGCCUUUGCCGGGAAGCCACUGACCACCCUACGCCGUUGUGACAUCCAGUCCCACCAAGUACUCACCAGGAAAGUCCACCUCUCGUCUCUGCCUUCCUCUCUCCUCUGCCGCCGUGUCCCGCAUGCUGCUUCUCCGGUCCUUGCUGCUCCCUGGAGAUUCAGGAUGAUUUUCCUCCAUUUUGGGGGGAAAAUACCAAGAGAAACCACUUCUGCUCAGGCACACCCAACACCUGCACCGUGACUCCUCGUGGCAACGUGUGCUUUAACCCUCCACCGUGUGAGGUAUCGUCCCAGCACCUCCAGCACGGAAGCAGACUGGGCUGGGAACCGGCAUCGAGGGCCUGACGGCGAGGAAACUCGCAGCUCGUGACCUUGAGGAGCAAAAGCCUUAAACACGCAGCGUGGAGAGAGCUACAGCAGCCUUGUCCCGUGGGGAGCGGCGGAAUUCUCCCUGCCGUACCGCAGAGCGCCGGGCGUGAGGGCUGCAGGCUUUGGGAGGUGAAGCCAGGGCACAGGCGGCUGCUGUCGCACGAGCAGGAACGCGUUUACCAGCCCGUCCUCAGCUCCUCGAGUCGCUGCUGCGUGGUUUGCGCCGUGGCAGCACUGCUCCCCCCCUAAAACGGCCGCACGCUGCCUGCUGUGUGCCGGGACUUCUCAGCAUCCUCACGGCGCCAGCAAACCACGGUCCUUGCCGAGGCGCUGCCUCCAUCUCGCAUAGGACCAAGUGAGCGGCCGGAUGCAAAGGAAUCUUCACCUCCAGAUCAAACUGCAGCCGGACCAGCGGACAGGAGCUGCUCCUCGGCAGCGCCCAGGCCAGGGGGAGGCAGAGGGACAGCCCUGAGCUUUGCAGGAGCACGGAGCCGCGCUCGCAUCCUGCUGCGCUGUGCAUUUUGAGGGCCACCAGGGGUUGGUUUAGGUUUCAAAAUAGGCAAAACGCAGGCAGCAAAGCCACAGCCUGAAUCUGUAGCCUGGAUGCCGUGUUCCACUGACCCCGCUGCUCCCACCAGCUCUGCCAGCAGCUCUGCUGGUGCUGCGCUUGCUCUGCAACAAGGGCGCGGGGCUGAGAGCCACCAGGGAACCCUUCAUGGCCACCAUGGAGCCCUUCAUGGCCACCAAACCCCCCAAGCUGGUGCCUCCGGGCAGAGCUGCAAUGCCGCGCGUCAGCCUUUGGUAAGAGCCAAACCCCUUUCCUUCCCGCUGACUGUUGCCCUGCCCGGGGUAAGGAGCCUUUUCCCCACCGCCGGUGUUUGUCCUGCGUUGCGCUGCAUUAUUUGCACUAUUUGAAGGGUUUUGUUUGCAGCCUCCAUCCCCUCCUCCCAUCCCACAGGAACCGAAGCUGUUCUUUUACCGGAACUGCACGAACGGACGCGCUGCUCAGCCGGCGCCUGAACUGAUCGAUCGGUAACGCGGCUCCCGCAGGGGCAGAACAGGGACAGGAUUGACUCGGGACACUCAUCAUCAGC